AUGGGGGAUUCAAGAGGCAACAACACAACCGGAGUGCUCAGUAUCCCGGCAACAACCCUGGACCACUACUUGGACAGCUAUGAGAUGGACUACGGUGUGCCCCCAGAGGAGAUUCCAGACACUUCGCAGGGUCAGGCCUUCUUUGUGGCCACCAUCGUGAUCGGGGUGGUCCUGGUUUGCAUUAUGCUUGUCUGCGGACUGGGGAAUUUCCUCUUCAUUGCCACGUUGACGAGAUACAAAAAGCUGCGCAACCUCACCAAUUUGCUGAUCGCCAACCUGGCCAUUUCGGACUUUAUCGUGGCUGUGGUCUGCUGUCCCUUCCUCGUGGACUAUUAUGUGGUGAAGAAGCUCUCCUGGGACCACGGGCUCGUCAUGUGUGCGUCUGUGAACUACCUACGCACAGUGUCUUUGUAUGUGUCUACCAAUGCCCUGCUGGCCAUCGCUGUGGACAGGUACAUGGCCAUUGUCCACCCUCUGAGACCACGUAUGAAGUAUCAAACAGCUUACGUCGUCAUAACAGGAGUCUGGUUUGUCCCUGUCUUGAUCUCCGCUCCUUCUGCUUACUUUGCAUCCCAAACAACUUAUGGCCCCAAAAUCUUCUGUGCUCAGAUCUGGCCAGUGGAGAAGCAAGUCUACUACCGAUCUUACUUCAUGUUCAUUUUCGCCGUGGAAUUCAUUGGCCCAGUUAUCAUCAUGAUGCUGUGCUAUGUUAGAAUAUCGCGCGAGCUGUGGUUCAAGAGCGUUCCUGGAUUCCAGACGGAGCAGAUCCGGAAGAGGUUGCGAUGUCGCCGGAAAACCGUAAUGGUGCUUAUCGCGAUUCUGACGUUGUAUAUCCUCUGUUGGGCCCCGUAUUACGCCUACACAAUUCUGCGCGAUUUCCACCCCACAAUCAUAACUCGCCAGAAGAAUUCACUCGUGGCCUUCUACAUCAUCGAAUGCAUCGCCAUGAGCAACAGCAUGAUUAAUACGUUUUGCUUCGUUAGCGUCAAAAACAACACGGUGAAGUAUCUGAAGAAGAUCGUGCUCAUGCGUUGGAGGUCCACCUACGCUCCCAAUAAGACCGUAGAUGAGAUGGAUAUGAGGACUUUUUCCGUGCCCAUAACAGAGGAAAUCGAAUGCAUCCACUUAAGGUGA